UUUAAAAUUGUGAAAAUAAUAGAGGAGGCUUUAAAUUGCACCCCUGCCACUGGAUGCUUAUGUGACUUCAGGCAAGUUUCAAUUCUUAUUGCAAUCUGUCAUGUCAAAAAAUCAUGCCUUGUUGGGUUAACCUGAGGAGAAAUGUGACUUGAAAACAUAUCACAGGUUGAGUAUCCCUGAUCUGAAGUGCUUGGAACCAGUAGUGGUUUGAUUCUGGAUGUUUUUGGACUUUGGAACAUUUUCACAUAUAAAAUGAGCUAUCUAUUUCAUUUAUGUUUCAUAUACUCAUGGCCUGAAGGUAAUUUUAUAUACAAUGUUUUAAAUAUUUUGUGCAUGAAAGUUUGUAUACAUUGAAGGAAAGGUUUCCCUAUUUCAGCCACCCAUGAGGACCAUUUUAGGUUAUGGAGUAUUUUGGAUUUUAGGAUGAGGGGUACUGAAUGAGUUAAGUGUGUUGCAAUAAAUAGUAGGAAGAAAGUUGCAUGUGCUUCGGUCAGAAGUGUUUAUAUGAGUGGUUGUGUAGCAUACAUGACUUGUGCUGCAAACCAGAUAAUGAGAAGCAAAGCCAUAUCAUCUGAUUGCUACACUGGCUGCCAAAUGUAAACUCGUUAUACGAAAUCCACACAAAUCACCGUAUGAGUCGAGGAGGGUGAAUUGGGCUCUUGCUCCAUCUUUUCUCCAGAGGUCAAGAAAACUGAUGAGUAUGAUGAGAAGCAAAGCAAUUGAUUUAAUGUGUAACAAGUACAAGGAGGCCAUAGAUAAACUAUUCUAAGAUGCUUAUUAAAGAGCUAUAUAAGAAUGCCCAGAAUAUGGAAAUCUUGGUAUCAUUCUGCUUAUUUAAUGUUAGGUUUGAAUCUUUCCAAAUUUUGGAGAACUUUUUACAGUUUCUAUAAAAUGUUGUAUACAUGUCCAGGUACAUUUUUCCUAAAAGUAACUUACUACUGUACACAAUUUUCAUUCAUGCAUGCUUUUCUUGUACAUAUGUACAAUCCCCUAUUGACAUGAGGGACAGAGUUAACUGACUGCAGGUGUAGGUGCAUGAAUUCCCCUGAUUUUUGCAUCACCCCUCCCAAGGAUCAACCAUUUAUCAGAAGUCAACAUGAAAGUUCCUCCUUUCCAUUCUAUUCACAGAUUUCAAUUGAACUGGAAGUUAUAUCUUGCUUUAAGAUAGAUCAAGGAAAGUAACUUAUACAACAUCUUGGGACAGAAGGUUAGUGUAGGGGACCUAGGACUACUCUAUAGGAUUAUCCCGAUCUCCGAACAUUAGGACUCCAGGAGGACUUGUAAAUAUGAGCACCGAGGAGUGGAUGGUUCAUUUGAUUCCCACCUUCAUAAGCAUGAGUUGUUACAUGGAGAUCUGACCCGUUAGAGGUCAUACCUUUGGCACAGCUGUUUAGAUUUGCCUCCAGAUUUGUGAGGUGAAAAUCCUUUACUGGAAAAUGUCUGAUAAACAGAGUUCUUUUUGGGUAAUGCAAGCUUGUCUCUCUUACUGGUCUUGUUCAUGAGGGAAAAAAUGGAUGAGUUCAUUAGAGAGAGAAAUGAGAGAAUCUUGGCAUUACACCAUAUCCCAAGGGGGUUCUGAAUUUAAUUGAAGAGAUAUAAAACCUCUCCUGAUAAACUUCACUGCAGAUCUUAUUAAAUUCCCAUGGAAAUUCCUUCAAUAUGUCUGAAAAAGAACCUCAACUUUCAGUUUGAAUUCUGUUUUCAGGAAAACGUAUUGGUAGCUCAUUUAGAAUCAUGACAUUUUCCAUUUACACAACCCAGUUUUUUCGAACUGCAUUGUGUCAUCCCUUUCUUACAAUUUUCUAAAAUUGUGACAUUGCAAAGUUCUUUUCAUGCACCAAAUGUCCCUGCAUCUCACUCAGCUUGCCAUAAGAUCUCUGUGAAACAACCAGAAAUAGAAGUUGGGCUACAGCUCUGGGAACUCCCUCAGCCAACAUGAAUGAUAUAGGAAAAUAUUUUUUUCUGAGCUCUGGCCAAAAGGUUUUGCAAAGGAAUGCUAUAUGUAUCCAUCUAUGUGUGCAUAAAAACUCUGUAUGAUCUGUGCUGGGAUCUAAAUGAUAUAGAGUGUUUACAGAUGUGCAUGCCCCUCUCAAACUUUCUGGUUAACUUGUAGAGAUCGAACGGUGUAGCAACAUCAAGGCCAGGGCCAGCAAAUCAGGUGAUAUGACUCCCUCUUCAUGUUUACUUUAUGUGUAGAACCAGUGGUAGCCUUCCACAUGACUGGACUAUUGUGAGGAACAAUUGUUCAAGCUUGUUCUAACUGCUGCUACCACUGUCCCUGUCAUUUUCUUAACAUUGGAAAGUGAAAUGUAUGCAAUCGAGGGCAUGCUCUACUUGUGUAGAACAUGCCUCACAUGCACAACUCUACUUCCUUUAUGCUUUUUCUAAACAGUAGAUGUAGCAUGUAUCCUGUCCGAUGCUCACUUCCUUGAAAGAACUAUGGGCAAUGCCACCAAUACAUGCAUGACAGAGAAGCUCUUGAUAGGGUUUAAAGCUUAUUAAAGAGGAAGGGAAUGUCUCCAAGCUGGAAAAAGGUGACCAAGUGAGCUGAAUAAUGGAGCCAGCAAUGGCUUAUGGAGGCAGUGGUAACAAAGUUCAGGACCCCCCCCCCCCAAAAAAAAGAAAGAAAGAAAGAAAGAAAGAAAGAAAGAAAGAAAGAAAGAAAGAAAGAAAAGAAAGAAAAUCAGAGCCUUGCCUGAUUGCCUUGGGGGGAUGGUUGCCAGGAAUCUUCUAAAAAGAAGCUUUACUACAGGAGGUUUUUAUAAAUAAAGAUAUGCAUGGCGGCCCCAAGCCAUUUUGAACUUUUAAAUGUCAUCAACAGCACCUUGAAUACAGGUUUGUUGACAACCUGUACAGCACUUUUAAAAGAGGUAUAAAGUGGUCUCUAUAGAGUGUACCUGUUAAUAGUCGAGUCUCUUCAUUCCGCACUGGCGUAGCUUACACGUGUCAUUCUCAUCUAUGAUCCCACCUUGAAAUACAGAAGAUUCACAGGCAGGAAAAGGAAGGAGAGAAGGAUAAGUUAUGAAAUAUCAAGUAUACUUAGAAAAGGAAUCUGGGAAGGAAAUAAGAUAAUAGAAAUGUUAGAUGGUACCUGUAUAUUAGUCUGUACCAGCUCCUAACUCAGGGAAUUCUGUUCAGCAUCUGGUCUGUUUGGGAACUGGACAGAAAUCCAUUUCUUUUUACCUUUCUUUGAUUCAGCAAGCCUGGUCAUCUCAGUUCUCCUGUAGUAGUGGGGAAGGAGAUUCCCUUUCAAAGGCUAAUAAUCACCAAGAACAACCAUAGCAAUAAAUAUAUAAGACAGCCCUUCUGCAUUAGAUUUUCUGCACCCAAGCGUUCCCAUUCCUACAGUGGCCAACCAAAUGCCUCCACAAACUCCAGAAACAGAACACGAGGGCAAUAGCCUGGUUAGAUUGUGUUGAGAAUGCCAUGGGAUUUACUGACCAUAUGAAACUCUGUGUGAACAGAGCCCAAAUCUUUUUGGAAGCCUCCCAGAUGCUUCCUGGAAGCAGGGUAUGGUGGUAAUAAAUAAAACAAGAUGAAGAAAGUUAUAGUGUUUGGGAUGUGAGCCUUUUUUUUAAGGGAAGAAAGCCAGGCCAAUGCCUGGGAUCAAGCCUCUGUUUCCUUUCCUCCCCUUCUUUAAUUAUCCAGAACGGUCUGUGAUCCCAUCAAGUCAGUUCCAUCAGGAUUGCAACAUUGGAACCAUAUCUGGCACAGAACGCAGAUAUUUAAGUAAUUAGUGCUGGGAAAUCUGGUAUGGCUGCAACUAUUUAGAAUGUAUUUAAAAGGUCCCAUAUGGUGCUUUGCGGAUCCACCUACUUCUAAUAAAAGCCAUGUUUACCUUGGGAGCAGACGCAGAUGCAUGUCUGCUGGCUCUAGACUGUCCAAAGGACACAAACCUCAUCUUUCCCACUGCAUUGCUGUCUGCUUUAUCCCAGUGCUUUGUCAUUGAGAGGUUAUGACAACAUCAGCUAUAUUGUAUUUAUAAACAUCACGUGUUUCCUUGCAAUGGCUCGUGGUGUCUGCCAAGCAGAACACAUGGAAGAAGCAUUUCUCGUUAGCUUAGCAUUGGUUUUGGUUAUUCUGAUUUCCGGGACAGAGGAGGGGAAAAUGCUUUCUAUGCUCAGAUUUAACAUUUGUGCAGUGAAAGCAAAAGCCCUCUAAAUAGCCGUGAAAUCUUUUGAGCGAAAAGGCUGGUGUUCCAGCUCCUCCUCCUCCAGACCUCUUUGGGAAAAAAAAAUUGGCUAAAACUUCUCCCAGCAAAACAGAAGCAUGUCGGGUCGGUUUUCCGAAGACUUGAAGGGCACAAUUAGAUGCAAGUGCUUUUGUGUUGCGUUACCUACAAGACUCGACUAGAAAAAAGUGAGCUUAUUGGAAGAAUGUAAGAUGCAGAGGGACAUCUACUCCAGUGCUUCUCGGCCAGGAUCGGCUACUCAUCAUCCUCCUCCUCCUCCUCAUGCGCUUCCAACCUCUCCACCUGCUACCCCGGUGCCCCAUUCUAUGCCCCCUUCUCCAUCCAGGAUCCCCUACAGCAAUGUCAGACCAGUCAGUGGCCCUGGCAACGCAACCAUCCCCAGGGACAGGCUCUCAAACAUGCCAGCUUCACGGUCUAUCUCACCAAGCCCUAGUGCCAUCUUGGAAAGAAGGGACGUGAAGCCAGAUGAGGACAUGGGUAACAAAACCCUGACUCUGUAUCGGAAUGAGGGCCUCUAUGCUGACCCCUACUUGUACCAUGACGGCAGGAUGAGCAUCGCAGGUUCUCACACAGGACACCCUCUUGACAUACCUGACCACGUCAUUGCUUACCAUCGUAGCACAAUGAGAUCUUCAAGCACUUACUGUAAUCCUCCUAUGCAGCCUGAAAUUAUGGAGCAGUCGCUAUAUCGACAAAAGUCAAGGAAAUACGCUGACAGCCAUUUGCCAACUCUGAGUUCCAAAACACCUCCCACCUCUCCUCACAGAGUGGCCGAGAUGCGGAUGAUAGACAUUCACACCCAUCACAACACACCAAUGUCUCCUCAUGCCAUUCACCUUGACAGGUCAUCUCCUGGGAGACAAUCUCUCAAGAAAGAUCCAGGGACUCCUGUGUUUAUGGAGGGAAAGCCACGAAAUGUGAUGGGUUUACAUGGCAUGACUGAGGUAGUCCCGUCUGUACCAGACAAGAAAGCAUUUGGCUAUGGAACAGUAGUGAUACCCAAAGAAACUGAGACAAGAGAGAGGAUGCACGCCAUGGAAAAACAGAUUGCCAGUUUAACUGGUCUUGUUCAGUCUACGCUUUUAAAAGGGCCAAAUACAAGUAAUAGCAAAGAUGCUCCUAGUGAGAAGAUAGUGAAAACUGUAUCCAGCAAAAGCAACAUAGAGAGGACAGGAUCUGCUCAUGUGUCUGGUGGGAAGAAUUCAUUAGCAGCCAGCGAGGCAGCUGUUGCUACUGCUGCAAAUAUCAGUCACUCCAUGCCAGUGGGCUGCACCGCUAUGCAAGUCAGUCUCUUUGACAUGAAGCGCAAUGUGUCAGAUCUUCGCCUCCAACUGCACCAGAUGAGACAACUGCAGCUGCAGAACCAGGAGACGCUCAGGGCCAUGGUGAAAAAAGCCGAACUGGAAAUCAAUGACAAAGUGAUUGAAAGAGCAAAGAAACUUGAAGAUCCUGUGCAACGGCAGCGACAUCUGGUGGAGCAAGAAAGGCAGAAAUAUCUUCUGGAGGAGGAAAGGAUUGUGAAGAGCUUGUGUGAGCUGGAAAGUUUUGUUGAAGAUCUGAAGAAAGAAUCUAUGACAACCAGUCGAAUAGUUACUUUAAAAGAUGUUGAAGAUGGAGCUUGUCUCUUGCGGCAAGUUGGAGAAGCUGUUGCCAACCUCAAAGGUGAAUUUCCAACUUUACAGAAUAAAAUGCGAGCCAUUCUCCGCAUUGAGGUGGAAGCAGUGCGAUUUUUAAAAGAGGAACCCCAUAAACUUGACAUUCUCCUGAAGAGAGUCCGGAGCAUGACUGAUACACUUACCACUCUCCGAAGGCAUGUUACAGAUGAUCUGCUCAAAGGAGUAGAUCCUUCACAAGCUGCACAGUACAACGCAAUGGAGAAAGUCACUGCAGUGGAAGUUCUGAAAAGCCAUGAAGAAACUGGAAAGAUCCAUACUUCUCCCUUGAAAAAUGUAGCUGAAUCUCCAGCAGAGCCCCCUGUCAAAUCAGAAGUGAUGCCAGUCUCUACCGUGACAGUCCACCACGUCCAGAGUUCACCAGUAGUCAUCCAUCAGUCUCAGCAUUCCUCAACGUUAGUCAACCAGGCCCCAAAUUCUCCUCUGACAACCAGCCCCACCGUGGCUUCACCAGGGCCAAAUCGUACAACCUCAGCUGUGUCAGAGUCAACAACAGUGACCACAACAGUUGUUCAGCCAAUGCAGGCGCCCCUCUCACCCCAGGUAUCGGUGAACGGCUCCACCAUGCAAAGCCUUUUUAUUGAAGAACUUCACAACGCCACUACAAGGAACAGAGCACUCUCGAUUGAGAAAGCAGAGAAGAAAUGGGAAGAGAAAAGGCAGAACCGGGAUCAUUACAAUGGAAAGGAGUUUGAAAAACUCCUUGAAGAAGCACAAGCAAACAUCAUGAAGUCAAUCCCAAACCUUGAGAUGCCUCCACAAGCAACCUCACCAAAAGUCAAUGUAGUGGAAAAAGAAGUCACUGUAGAGACUUUGAACCCAGAACUGGACACAGAAAAGCCAGUGAAGUCUCCACCUCCUCCACCUCCACGUCGCAGCUAUCUGGUAGGAUCUGGAUUAAGCACAAGAUUGGGUGAAAUCAGCUACGUGACCAGGAAAGACAACAUUGUGGCCAAGGAAAGUAGUGAAGAUAGUAGUAGUCCAGCAACACAGCCUAAAGUACCUAAAGAAGAUUCUGCAUCUCCUCAGUCUCUGGGUACUGUUGCACCUGCAAAAGAUGAUGAUGAUGAAGAAGAAGGGGAUAGAAUAAUGGCAGAGUUACAGGUUUUCCAGAAGUGCACUUACAUGGAUGUAAAUUCAAACAGUCAUGUUGAACAGUCCAGAAAUGACACACACACAAAAGAUGCAAGGCCUGUGGCCUUAAUACAAUCCAAGGAGAAGAAGGUGUAUGGGGAGGCAACAAAAGAUAGUGACCACCCCCAGGACAAGCAUGAAGAGAGAACAGGAGAGAUGGCUUCAGAUGUUUCCAGUCCCAUCAAACAUUCUGCCUUCAGCAGAUACUUGAUUUUGGAGGAGAAGGAUUAUGCUUCGAAACCUUUUCUUAAAAUAAACACAAACCUCUCCAGUGAGUUAGAAAAUGAAAGAAAACACAGACCUGAUGAAGCACAACAUCCAGCUAUAGAAAAUGGAAGACAAAAGUUAAGUUGUGUAGUGAGUGAGUCUGAUCAUGGUGCAUCACAGAAUGAGUUUCUAGAAGCUGAUGGAACUCAGCUUGUCGGACAGAUAAAUUCACCAGCUAAAGAGAUCUCAUUAGCUCAUCAGUCCCCCCAUGAGCAAGAAAUGCCUGCCAGUGGUUAUAAUCAAGUUGUGCUAAGGCAUAAGUUAUCCAGAAACACAACUUUAAAUAAUAUUGAUGAGUUGGAGUCACCAACUAGCUCUCCGAGUGAAGAAAAUCUACAGUCGGAGAACAUUGCUUUCAUGAUCACCAAAACAGCUGUCCAAGCUCUGUCAAGUGGAGAGGUCCAUGAUAUUGUCAACAGUAAAGGUGAAGAAGUGCAAACUGUUAACAUUGAUUCCAAAAAGGAAAUGGCAACUCAGCAAGACACAUCAGAGAGCCUCGAAGGUGAAGAACCAGUUGUGUGCUUGGACAAAAAACCAGUCAUCAUUAUUUUUGAUGAACCAAUGGAUAUUAGAUCAGCUUAUAAAAGACUUUCAACAAUAUUUGAGGAAUGUGACGAAGAACUGGAAAAAAUGAUGACUGGAGAUAAGAUAGAUGAAGAAGAGGAAGAUAUUGAAGAAUCAGACAUAACUGAUGCUCAUGAUACAAAGGUUUACCAGAAAGAUAGUAAUAGGAGACAUGCCACUGAGUAUACGGCAAACCAUAGAUGUGAGCAUCAGUUUGGACUCCAUUCUCCAUCUGAUUCACCACCUCAAGUCACAUUCCCCGAAGGGCAGGAAAUAGACAAUAUGGAACUUGGGAACUCUAGUUACAUUUAUGGACCGCAUCCAGAACCAAAGCUGGAUGUUCCUGAUGCUAAGAAAAAAUUUAAGUUUAAAUUUCCAAAAAAGCAGUUGGCUGCUCUUACCCAAGCAAUACGCACUGGAACUAAAACUGGCAAGAAAACUUUGCAAGUUGUAGUAUAUGAAGAAGAAGAGGAAGAUGGCACUUUAAAAGAACAUAAAGAGGCUAAAAGAUUUGAAAUCCCUAGUUCUCAACCUGAAAACCCACCUAGGAAGCAGGAGCCAAAUGUAACUGUGCAGAUAUCUAGGACUGAUGAAAUUAGAAAAAAUACAUAUAAGACUCUGGACAGUUUGGAACAGACUAUUAAGCAGCUGGAGAGCACCAUUAGCGAAAUGAGUCCAAAACCAGCUUCUGAAGCCUCAGACCGAUUGGAACGAACACCUGCUGCAGGCUUUUUCUCAUCGAAAGAGCCCAUAGUGCUGGAAGAGAGUAAUGCAGAUGUUGAAUCCCCAUCAUCAUUAUCAUCAACUUCACAUAAGGCUUCACCCAGCACUUCCCAGACCAGCAGAAUGCCAAUCCCUGCAGCCACAAAAAGUCGCCCACCAGGAAGCGUGGAUAAAACCAGCAAACCACACAAACUACAGGAUCAGCGCCAGUACAGACAGGCUAAUGGAAGUGCUAAGAAAGCUGGUGGGGACUAUAAGGCUACUUCCCCUACCCUCUCUGCUUCAAAAAUUCCAGCCUUUUCUUCCACCUCUGGGAAAGGUAGCUCUGUGUCUAGUGGUGAUAGCACUAAUCUUCCAAGCCCACCUACUAAAGCCUCUGUUCCUCCUUCUAACCCUCUCAGUCCUCAAACAGGUCGUCCUACUCAUUCUGCUUCCUUCAUCCCUUCUGUUUCUAACGGCUCCUUAAAGUUCCAGAAUCCUACUCACACAGGUAAAGGCCACCAUCUUUCCUUCUCGAUCCAGACUCAAAAUGGCCGGCCAAAUCCUCUUCCUCCAUCUCCCUUCUCCUCGCCCUCCUUCUCCUCUCCCACCUCUCCCACAUCCCUGAACCAAGGGGUGAAGAGCAUCAGGUCCAUCCACACGCCCAGCUUCACCAGCUACAAGUCCCAGAAUGGAAGCGUCAGCAAAUCCACUCCAUCUUCCACCAUCACCAAGGAACCAUCCUAAAGGUUCACCAAAGUCAUCUCAGUUGUUGAUGGAAUUGCAGCCAAUAUUGUAGCAGAGGAAUGUGUUACCAACCCCGCUGUAUCAUUUUAGGUUUAAUACUAAACUUGUGCUAAAUAUUGGGUUGAUAUUCAUAAUUUAGAGUCAUAAGUAGUUUUAUAUGCAUUCAUUGCUGUUGAAACGCAAUAGAGUGCGUUGGGGUGUGUGGGUGCGUGUGUGGGGGAAAUGAUGUCCUCCUUCAGGCAGAAACUGUUACAAAAAUGUCCUGAGUUUGAGUGACAAAGUAUGUGUGUGCAGAAAUGUAUCAAGCAUGAAAAAAUGUAUUAAAAUGAAUUGUUUUGUAUAAAGCUAUUUUUAAGUACAAGAACUAAACAUGGUGUGAUAAUUCAAAAUUAUAAAAUUGAAACUAAAAUAUUUUUCUUUUAUUUUAGUGUUAUUCAGAUUUGUUACAGAUUUCUAUUUUUAUCAGCAGCAACAACAAAAAAGACUUCAUGGUUACGUUCAAAAAUCUUUUUUGCCAAAACAUUUGAUAUUAUUAUAAUGUACAUUUGAUAGUAGUAUGCUGAACACUUCCUCUACACAAGCCACAGACUUAAGAUGGACACUGAUGUGUAUGAGAUGAUUUUAUCUAUUGCACUGCCAUUUAGAUUAGAUUUAAUAAUUUGCAAUGCCAAGGAGAAAAUUGUUUGUACAUUUAGGCAUUUGCUGAUUAGUUUUAGCUGAGUCUCCUCUUUUUCAUUUCUCCAUUUUAUUGAGACCUGGAUAUAUCAUGAAGCAUUGCAUUGUGGAUUUUUUAAGUGUACGCUUAUGUACUGUUCUGUAUAAUGGAAAACAUUUGUAUAUAAUAUAAUAUAAAUAUAUAUAAAUAUAUAAAUAUAAAUACUGUAUGUGGCUGAGCACAUAGAGUAGGUUUCCACACCAAAGGUCCAUUUUAUGCAUGGUUUUAAAGUAUACUUUUGGGGGGAAGGUCACUUGGAGAAGAAAAGUGGGGGGUAGAUGGUUUUUAAAAGCAACAUACAUGGAAAAACUAAUGUUCUUUCUGUAAAUAUCUUAUUUGUACAAUGCUAUAAUAUAAUAUACCAACAUGCAAGCACACUGACACUCAAAAACCCUUUUACAGAAAAUAAAGGGCUGCAUGCUUACGUUUUGGUAUUAUUUUGUCACACCUUUAUUUUUUAAUGUUUAUAAUGAGUCACAUGUAAACUAUGACAUAGUCCAACCUUUAAAUUUUCUGAAGUCUCCUUGAUUUCAGUAGACUGCUUGUGAUUAAAUGACCCAUUUAAAUCUUAUGGGCUUUAACUUCAGUGGCUCCUGCUAGAGCUUGGAAAUAACUAAUCAAUAAAUAUGUAUUCUGAUUUAA